AUAGUAAUUAGUCAAAGGCGGAAUUAAAGCAGAUAGUUCAGGAACAGCCCCUGGGACUGAAAGUUGAAACGAUUCUGUGAACCGGAGUAAUGAAAAGGUUAGUAGGAACUAGGAGCUAUUCAAGAUCAUUCUGAAACUGAAAAGGGGGCUACGCUUGCAAUGAACAUUAUUAGCAAUGAGUAAUUCGACCAGUUCCUAAUGUAUGUGAAGCCCAUAACUCCCAAGCAACUGGGUCACCACCACAGUCAGAUCCAGAACCACUUGUACUGAACAGAUUCCGGUGCUGGCAGAAGCUGGUCAGAGAAAGUCAUUUGCGAGCUGUCAGUGAGCCGCUUGGGGCGUUCACUGAACAAGGAGGAUGAGUCAGCCGAGCCUCUCUUCUCAGCAGCACGUCUUCCCGCUACAGGAAUUCUGCCUCCCUGGGAAGCUCCUGCUCAUCGUGAGCCUGCAGGGAAGUCUGCACCUGAAGAAGUGGGGUUUUUUGACCCACGAAAAGCCGAUGCCCAAAUAAAUCAGUUAGUCUUUAAGGUGCCACCGGCCUCCUUGUUGGUUUUGUGGAUACGGGCUAACCCAGGCAGCUACCCCCUGAUGCUUGGCUGCAGGGAGGGUUACUCAACUUGCCCCCACGCCUGCGCCUCUUAGACUCCCUGUCUCUGAUGGAAGGAAGUUCCCAGCCCUGCAGAAUCUUCACUCUUGCUACUUUGUGACACUUCUGCUUCCGGAGAACUUUCCUUGCAGGCGCGAGGCUCAGCAGCCCGCCGAGACGUGGAGGGUGAAGGGAAGCUAUUUCCUGAUAUUUGCAUAAUCCCGCCUUCUCGCGGCUUGGAUUAAAUUUUUAAGCCUCAUGGGCCGCGUCAUCUCCCCUCAGCUCCGCCCCCGCUUUACUCCGCUUGGCCUGGCGUCUCCCCGCAGCCCUCCCGGGCCCGCCCCCUGCUAUAAAGGGCGGUGACAGGCUCUGGAAGGCGCAGACAGAGAGCGGGGCGGGGAUUGGUUCCCCUGGCUCGGUAAGUUCCGGGCAGCGGCAGCAGCGGUCUCCCUCCUGGCGCGCGGUCUCCCCGCGGGACCCCUCGUGCGAGACACCUGCUGCGGAGAGCCGGCGCUGGAGCCAUCUGCCCGGAUCCUCGCGGGGCUGCAGCGGGCUCGAGCUCCCGGGAUCGCUGCCUCUCGGAGCCGCCGAUCUCUUUUUCCACCCUCCCCCCGGGAACAUGAGUGACGGGGCGGGGAGCGAGCGGCAGCUGCUGCCCCGGCUCUGCCGCCUGGAGAAGGGGCCGAACGGCUACGGCUUCCACCUGCACGGGGAGAAGGGCAAGGUGGGCCAGUUCAUCCGGCUGGUGGAGCCGGACUCCCCGGCCGAGACGUCGGGGCUGCGGGCCGGGGACCGGCUGGUGGAGGUGAACGGCGAGAACGUGGAGAAGGAGAGUCACCAGCAGGUCGUGAGCCGCAUCCGAGCCGCCGUGGGCGCCGUGCGCCUGCUGGUGGUGGACCCGGAGACGGACGAGCAGCUGCAGAAGCUGGGCGUCCAGUGCCAAGAGGAGAUGAUCCACGGGCUGCCCGCCGCGGGGCAGGAGAAGCCGGAGGAGAAAAGUAACGAGGAGCCGCAGGAGGAGGCGCCGAGGGAGCAGGCGGAGAGGCCAGACGGGGAGGAGAAGAGCCAACCUGCGGAGCGGAAAGAGCUGCGGCCUCGUCUCUGUCCGAUGAAGAAGGGCCCUAACGGCUAUGGAUUCAACCUCCACAGUGACAAAACCAAGCCGGGGCAGUACAUCCGGGCCGUGGAUCCAGACUCGCCGGCUGAAUCGUCAGGGCUACGUCCCCAAGACCGCAUCAUUGAGGUGAACGGACAGUGCAUGGAAGGGAAGCAGCACUCUGACGUGGUGACGGCUAUCAAAGCCGGGGGAGAUGAGACCAAGCUGCUGGUGGUGGAUAGCUUAACAGAUGAGUUCUUCAAGAAGUGCAAAGUUGUUCCCUCGGAGGAGCACUUGACAGGUCCCUUGCCAGAGCCAGUUGCCAACGGCGAAGUAGAGAAGGAGGACAGCAGAGAGCAGCGUCCGGAGUCUGUGUCUGAAAGUCCAUUGAGCCCCGGGCCAAUGGCUGUGUCCCCCUCUUUUAAAGAGAUCCACAGUGAGCCUGACUCUCAAGAGAAGGAGGAGAAGCAGAACUCCACGCCUGAUCCACUCCUGGACCUAAACGUUCCCCUGUCUGUGGCCAAGGAACGUGCGCACCAGAAGCGCACCAGCAAGAGGGCGCCGCAGAUGGACUGGAGCAAGAAAAAUGAACUGUUCAGCAAUCUCUGAAAGCCCCCCGGCAGAGGAGAGGAGAGGUAGCAAACUCUCCAGCGUCUGCCCCAAAUCUCCACCAGCAUCUCACUUUCUCCCCAGUCUCCAGUUUCGCUAGGGAGCGGAGUCCUUUCCCCUACACUUGGAUUGCACAGUUUGGUUUUGUCUACUGUAAUCUAAAGGAAAAAAGCACAAUGGCUCCUUUUGCAAGUUUCCAGAGCAGUGUUAACAUUCAGAGAAUGACAAGAUGUUUGUGUGUCUCAAUAGCUUAGGGUUCAUGUGUGGUAAGGGGUUGGACCAUUCCACGGGCCCGAAUCAAACCCCUAUGUGUCUGCAGUGGGCAUUGUGGAGCACCUUUCAUUCUCACUGGCUUUUUACUGAAAGCUUAAAUCCAUGUAAAUGCAGGGAAGACAUUCAGCAGUGACAUGGGAUUUUGAGUGCCUGACUUGAGACCCCUUAAAGGGGCCUGAUUCGAUGGUCAGUUCUUAAAGCAGCUUGGAUAUAUUUUCAGGUGUCUCCAGCUGAGCACCCAAAAUCACUGGACAUAUCUGAAUAUCUCAGCCUUAGGCUUCAGUGUAUUUUAAGCUCCAGUUUGGCCAAGAACCAAACAACAUUCCUUCCAAGAGUUACUAUUUGUUUAGGGUUUUUUGUUAUUUUUUACCUCUGACCUGGGGCUUCCGUCCAGUGAUUCACCCCGCAUCAAAUCCCCUGGUCUGAAGGUACACAGUGGGCACUGCCGUUAAAUCAGUUUAACCGAGCACUUGUGUGAAUGCCGUGAAACCGGUGUCCUGAACACGCCUCACAGAAUCAUUUGUCCCAAGCCCACUGGAAGUGAACUUUCAAAGGAUCUAGCUCCCUAGAGUAGCUGAGAAGGGCUUCCCUUGCCAUGUUAUACCCAUGGGAUUUGUUCCUGCAGAGGAGGGGUGUUUGGAGCAAAGCACAAUGACCGAUAACUGCAAGCGGGAAUCUCCUUCGAUGUCUGGUUACUCCUGGAGACCGAACCGAUCAUGGUUUUGAAUACUGAAAUUUGUAACAUAAACGUUUUUAAAUAGACUCUGUCCGUUUUCUGAAAUGAGAUGUUUCCAAUCACGCUGAUUUUUAAGGGGGGGACGAUUUAUUCUUUGGCAAUUUUUCCCUGUGGAUGUUUUGUUUUCCGUGUUUGCAAUUGAGGUAUUAUUGUACUGUCAAGCUCAAGAGAAAUGCUCUUUACCGGGG